UUUUAUCAAUAUAAAAAGCCGAUUGUAAGAAUUCCUGAAUCACGAUUGGAAUUGCUGAUAAUAAUAUCUAUAAAUGGCAGACGAAGUUGCAAAGGCCCAAGCGGCCGAUGCAAGCACAGAGGAUACAAUUUUCGGGAAGAUUCUGCGCAAGGAAAUCCCUUGCACUUUUAUCUACGAGGACGAUAAGUGCGUAGCUUUUCACGACGUAAAUCCGCAGGCUCCGGUUCACUUCUUGGUGAUCCCCAGAAAACCGAUUGCGCAACUUUCGAAAGCAACUGAAGAAGACGAAGCUCUUUUGGGCCAUUUGAUGUUAGUCGGCAAAAAGAUUGGCGCUGAGCAAGGACUAGGCGAUGGAUUCCGUGUUGUUAUCAAUGACGGACGCAACGGGGCACAGUCGGUCUAUCAUUUACAUUUGCAUUUCCUUGGAGGCCGGCAGAUGAAAUGGCCACCGGGUUAAAACAUUCAAUUAUUGUGAUAUGAACAGUGCUUUCUAAUUGAAUAAUAAAGAAUUAGUACUU